AGAAAGAGUUUUCUUUGAUUGAUUGAAGUUCUAGAGGAGAUGGUUGCCGGGUGCCCGGUAUCGUCGGCAUACUGUAAACACGAUUUCAUCAACCAUUCAUACAGAUCAGACAGAGAGUGAAGAAUUUAGAUCUGAAAGUCAACCAAGAAGAGAGACGUAUCACGUUUGCAUGCAUGAAUUGUAACAUAUCAUUUUUGCAAUUUGAUCUUAUCCGAAAAUAAAAGCUCUCAUCUGGUCACUUUCGUUCCCAUCCCGAACAGAGAGAGCCGUGACAGAAUUCCUCACUCCAAAACCGACAUUGUUGUGGAAACUGAGACAGGUGGUUAACAUGCAGCAGCAGCAGCUCCACUUCCGCCUCCAGAUUUGGAAUCCCGCUCACUUGUAUUCGGAGUAUUUAUCUUUCCAUUCCCUUCCUGAAGACAUUUCGAAUCAAUCCCCCUCUUCUCCAAUUCGAACAAGAAAACCCUAGUUCUCCCAUCCGCAGGAUACGCUUGAUGUGAUAUAAAACAGGUAGAAUUGGAAGAUCAUUGAAUGAAUCUGUAUUUGUUGUUCCAGAUCUGCUUUAUGUGAUCGAAAACAGGUUUUGCGACACCAUAAGCUGAUAAGCGAAUAUGAAUCUUAAAAUUGCAUCACCACCCUUGCAAUGUCCUUACAUUAUUAUGCCUAAAGCCUCAUCUUCAAAGAACCCUAGCAGAACAGAUCAAAUCAUUGUUCUUGGAUCUUUGUUUCUCAAUCCCGUUAGAGGAACCAAUCUCUUAACUAUAAGAAGAAAUUGCGGUGUAAAUCUUUAUGGAAGAGAGAUGGGAGAUGAACCAUUUGAAAUUAGGGAAGGAUUAGCUGAAGAGUUCAACAUACACGGUGAGGAAAAGACAGCCGGUUCAAAUAUGAAAAAUGAUGGGUGUUGUGUGAUAUUUGAGAGGAAUCCAACUACAAGCAGAUAUAGGGAAAACUAUUUGAAAUUUCCUUCAAAAACUGAUUUGUUGGAUCCUGCGAUGCUCGGGAUCCAACCCGAUCCUCCGAAUUGGCCCGAAAGGCAAUCGGUUAUUAAUUUGAGUAUUGAACAUAAAGCUAAGAGUUUUAUGCUUCCGUUAUCUUUGAGAUUGAUAAAGAAGAAGCUGCAAUGGGAAGUGAGGGAUUUGGGAGAGUCAUCAUCUUCUUGUUCAUUUGGAAAUGCUUUCUCUUCAAUGGUAUCCAUCAUCGUGGAACUACAGACCUAUGCAUUGAAGAUGAUGGAAGUGUUGUGGGACAAAGAUUUGGAAUCCAUUAUCACUAAAGCUCAACGAGAUAUCCGUUCAACAUACAUAUGGAUAUUUCAACGCGUGUUCUCCCAAACACCGGCUUUGAUGCUUUAUGUUAUGAUAUUUUUAGCAAAUUUCAGUCUAUAUUCUGGGUUCCACAACGCCGCAGUUGCAGAAACUUUGUUAUCGAGACCCGUAUGUUCUUGUGUCAUUGCAGAGGAAGAACUGACAAGAACUAAAACUGAUAUAGAACUAUGGAACUCUUUUAUGAAAGAAGCAAAAAAGAUGAGAAGUUUGGAUGAGUCAGGACUUGGUGAUCAUCAGGUGAUGGAGAGGCUUGUUGCACCAAUUUCAGUGCAGGUAGAAUCAGACCGGUUUGUGGACUACUUCAGAACGGAUUUUAUGUACCAGGUUAUGCUGUCUCACGAUCCCUGUAACACACUUUUGCUAUGCAAUUAUGCACGAUUUCUGCAGCUUGUGGCACGGGAUUAUGACAGGGCAGAAGAGUUGUACAAAUGGGCCUUGCAAGUGGAACCAGCGGAUGCAGAGGUUCUAAGCCAUUACGCGGCCUUUUUAUGGACAGUGAGGAAGGAGUCAGGCAGGGCAGAAGAAAUGUACCUACAAGCCAUAGCCGUUGAGCCGGGGAAUCCCUAUUAUGCAUCUCAGUAUGCCAGUUUCCUGUGGAGUAGCAGUGGGGAGGAAUGCUGGGGCUCUCAUAUGAACGCAUCAUCACUGUCAUGAUAGCGGCGCGGCUGUGUUCUUGAUGCUGGGGCUCAUACUGAAUGGCUUUAGCAUCAUCAAUGUGGUGAGUUUAUAGGAAUGAUGUAAAAUACUGUAUCAGAAAUCAGAAUGUUGCAAGUGUAAAUCAUAUACGGUGUAUGUUGUGUUAUGAUUUAAAACCAUAUGUUUUAUAUCAUUGCAGACAAAGUUUAGUUGAAGGGGUAUGAAUCUAUUGGUUUUACUUGUUUCUU